AUUCUUCAUAUAUGAUAGAUUCUAUUUACAACAUUCUUCCUAUCUUCAUAUCUGUAUAAUACCUUUGGCUAUGUUGAUAUAAGGACAUGUGAAGGAGGGAAGGUUUGAAGCUAGGGGAGAUACCUUUCAUUAGACUUAACUGCUAUGGUUUGGCCUAAUAAAGGCAAACUUUAGAAUAUGAGAGAGUUAUCUUAAACCUGAAUUAGCUGACAAUGGAAAGAUACUAUUAAAAAAGUAGUAGUAAUACAGUUACUUGUUAUAAUCGUUUAGUUUUAAUGAUAAAUAUCUUUUAAACAGUUUUCGUAACUGGUAUAAGUACAAAACAUAAUUCUGUGAAAUGGUGCCAUUUAAUACUGUUUAUAGAAAAAUGAUGCAAAAUGUGCAUCUGGCUCCUGAGAACGAUGAAGAUGAUCUCUAUUCUGGCUACAAUGAUUAUAAUCCCAUGUUUGAUACAGAGGAUUUAGAAAAUGAUGUAGCUUUUCAACAGGCAGCAAGAACAAGUCAUGGAAGAAGACCCCCUGUGACAGCCAAAAUUCCCAGCUCAGCAAGUUCAAGACCUUUAGCUACUGGAUUUGGGCCAAAAGCAACUUUACCUUCAUCUAUGGGAAGACCAAUGACAGGAGGUAUACAGUUUGAGGAUGGGGUUUCUCGACCAAUGACAGCAGUGCAAGCUGCAGGUUAUACUAAGGCAGCUAUGAGAGGUUCUUCAUUUGAUCCUCUUGGCCAAGCAAGAGGUCCUGCUCCACCUCUAGAAAAGAAAAAUUCAGACAGUCCAGAAGAGAAGUUGAGGCAGUUGGAAAAAAAAGUGAAUGAACUGGUUGAAGAAAGCUGUGUUGCCAACAGCUGUGGAGACUUGAAAUUGGCUCUGGAAAAAGCAAAAGAGGCUGGAAGACAGGAAAGAGAAUUGUUGAGACAACGUGAACAAAUUACUCCUCCAGAAAAUAUCAACUUAGACCUCACUUACUCAGUUCUUCUCAAUCUGGCGAGUCAGUAUGCUGCUAAUGAAAUGUAUGCUGAAGCACUGACUACUUACCAAGUCAUCGUGAAGAAUAAGAUGUUCACCAGUGGAGGUAUACUGAAGGUAAAUAUGGGAAAUAUAUAUUUAAAACAACGGAACUAUUCCAAAGCUAUCAAAUUCUACCGUAUGGCUCUAGACCAGAUUACCAGUGCCCACAAAGAGAUGAGGAUGAAAAUAAUGGAAAAUAUUGGAGUUGCAUUUAUUAAAACUGGCCAAUACGUUGAUGCCAUUUCUUCAUUUGAAGACAUAAUGAGCAUAUCCCCAAACCUGAAGGCAGGCUUCAACUUGAUCCUAUGUUAUUUUGCUAUUGGAAAUGGUGAGCAAAUGAAGAAAGCCUUCAAAAAACUGAUUGCAGUUCCUUUGGAAGUAGAUUUUGAUGACAAAUACAUUUCAUUAAAUGAUGAUCUACAUACAAAUCUACUGCUUGAAGCCAUUAAAAAUGACAGUAUAAGUCAAAUGGAACGUGAGAGGAAAUCCAUGGCAGAGGAAUACAUCAUGACGGCUGCUAAACUCAUUGCACCAGUAAUUGAGACAUCUUUUGCAGUAGGCUAUGACUGGUGUGUUGAUGCGGUAAAAGCUUCCCACUAUGUAGAGUUAGCCAACGACCUGGAAAUAAAUAAAGCCACUACUUACUUGAGGCAGCAGAAUUUUAACCAGGCACUGGAGACUUUGAAAAUGUUUGAAAAAAAGGAUAGCAGAGUAAAGAGUGCAGCUGCAACAAACCUUUCAUUCCUUUAUUAUUUGGGGAAUGAAUUGGCACAAGCAACUAACUAUGCAGAUUUAGCUGUAAAUUCUGAUAGGUAUAAUCCAGCAGCUCUAACUAACAAAGGAAAUACUGUUUUUGCAAAUGGAGACUAUGAAAAAGCAGCCGAAUUUUAUAAGGAAGCUCUCAGGAAUGAUUCCUUAUGCACUGAAGCACUUUAUAACCUUGGUUUAGCAUACAAGAAGUUAAACAGGAUAGACGAAGCUUUGGAUUUUUUGCUGAAACUCCAUGCAAUCCUUCCAAAUAGUGCUCAAGUCCUUUACCAGAUAGCAAGCAUAUACGAGAUCAUGGAAGAUCCCAAUCAAGCCAUAGAGUGGCUCCUGCAGUUGAUCAGUGUAGUACCAACUGAUCCACAUGUACUUUCAAAGCUAGGGAAAUUAUAUGAUAAUGAAGGUGAUAAAUCCCAAGCUUUUCAUUAUUACUAUGAGUCAUACCGGUAUUUCCCUUCAAACAUUGAGGUCAUUGAAUGGCUUGGAGCAUAUUAUAUUGACACCCAGUUUUGUGAAAAAGCCAUUGAGUACUUUGAAAGAGCAGCACUUAUCCUGCCGACACAAGUGAAGUGGCAGCUGAUGGUUGCAAGUUGCUACAGGAGAAGCGGUAACUACCAGAAAGCUCUAGAGAAAUACAAAGUCAUUCACAGAAAAUUCCCAGAGAAUGUUGAAUGCCUCCGAUUUUUAGUUCGUCUCUGUACAGAUAUGGGGCUGAAGGAAGUCCAGGAAUAUAUAACAAAGCUCAAGAAAGUGGAAAAAUUAAAAGAAAUAAGAGAGCAGCGCAUUAAGUCUGGCAGAGAUGGCAGUGCACGUAACCGCAAAGAGGGAGGUGGUGACAGUGGUGGUACCAAAGGGGAAAGACUGAGUGCCAAACUAAAAGCUUUGCCUGGAACAAAUGAACCCUAUGAAAGUAGAAGCAAUAAAGAAAUAGAUGCCUCCUACGUAGAUCCACUUGGCCCACAAGCAGAAAGACCAAGAACAGCAGCAAGAAAAAGAACUGAGGAAGAUGACUUUGCUGAUGAAGAACUAGGAGAAGAUCUGCUUCCAGAAUAGCAUAUGGGCCACUCAACAUUUUUUUUUAAUCCCUGUAAAAGUUUUAGCUGAAAAACUUUCAUUCAUUAUGAUUUUGUAGUAGAUUUUGAUAAAUUAUUUGGGAAAUAUUUUGGAUAUAUGGUACCUUACAUUAAAAACCUGUACUUGAAA